AUGGACAUGGUUUGAAUGAUGCUGGCUUCACUGAAAUGUAAUCUAUUUUCUUGUCUCCCCCCCCCCCCCCCCCCCCCCAGCAUGUACGGUCUUCUGUCUGCACAGUCUUCCUGGCUAAGCAUGGCAGGGAUGGAUGUCCAAACUUUGUCCUGGAGAGGUGGUGAAUGUGCAAGAUUUUGUUCCAGUCCAACAGUAAGGAAAUAUGUUGUUAGUAGUAUUUUAUCUGAUGAGUUAGUGCUAGGCUGGAACAAAAGCCUGCCCUGCAGUGCCUGCACACUGCAUGCCUCCUGGACCAGGAUUGGGCAACCCCUGACUUAAAUGUAAUGUAUAUUUAGGAUAGUGUGUAUAUGUGUGUGUAAUGACUCCUUUUUCUCCAACCCAGGCAGAGAGAUGGUUACAUGAGCAGACCCAAAAGGAAGGCUGGAGCAAAGCCAGCAAGCUGGAGGGGAGGAGGGCCAAGGAGGGGCUGAUCAGUCUGUUUGUAGGAGACAAAGCUGCUGUCAUGGAGGUAAGCAGAUCUCAUUCACUCAAUGAGAUCAUAUCACUAAUCCUCCUCAAUGCUGUCUGCAUGCAAUAUUUAAGUUGAAUGUUACGUAGUUUGACAGUCAUCUUACUUUGUUUAGUUUGAUAAAGGCUUUUGUGUCAAACUUAAAUAUAGUAGUAGUUCCACUGUGACGAUCAGAAGUAUCUGUAUCUCAAUGUCCUCCAUGUCUGUGUGUGCUGCAGGUGAACUGUGAAACAGACUGUUGCCCGUAAUGAGAAGUUCCAGCAGCUGGUGAAGGAUGUGGCUUUUGCCACCAUGGCUCACCACCACAGUAAAAACCAGAGUCAGACUGGAUACGUGAAGGUAUGACACAUCACUACAUCACCCCCACUCAGUAGCCACAUCACCCUAGUAUACCUGUUCGAAUGCGUAAAAUUGCAUUUAUCUUUGUUUGUUUCAGUCUCCUGGCAGCAGAGGACCUCUCUAAACUGAACUUGGGUGAAGGUGCUUCUCUGGCUGAUCGGCUGGCCCUUACCAUAGGUGAGUGAGUAAUAAAAGUAGCCCAAACAUUUACAAAUAUGACUUUAAAUGUAUCAAAGAGAGUUUACUUGAUUUGAACUUCGAGAGGCUCUAUCUGCAGCAUUAUUUCUUGGUUGAAAGUGUUUGGAAAUGGAAGACUGCUCUGUUAGUGAAGUUGUGGUUUCCUGUCAUUUCCUGUCCCGUCCUCUUUCAGGUCCGUUGGGUGAGAACAUGUCAGUGAGGGUGGCGGUGGGCGUCCCUGCAGGCUGGCACAUCGGCUCCUACAUCCACAGUGGCGUGGCAGGCCAGUCUGACAUGGCCAUGGGGCGAUACGGCGCCCUCAUGGUGUUCCAGGGGGGGCAAGGACAGGGCGCAGGACACCCUGGGGAGGAAGCUAGGGUAGUAUGUAGUGGGAGAGGUCCCCAUAUCCCUGGGCAGCAUGGAUUACCUGCCCUGUGGGGACACGCCUGCUGCCCCAAUCCUUCCUCCCUGACCCCAGUAGGACAAUGGCCCAGUACCUGACGGAGCAGGGGGCUUGAGUUCUGGACUUUGUCCACUUUCAGUGUUGGGAUGCGGGCAGUGA